AUGUUCCUGAAAAGCACCCUGGCAAAACUGAAUGACUUCUCAGAGGGCAUCCUGGUCCUCGGAGGCGACUUCAAUGUCCCACUGGACCCCAUUCUGGACUCCUCCACGGGGCACAGCAGCAUUUCACAACUACAUUUACGAGCAAUCCGGAGAACCCUGGGCGAAAUGGACCUGGCCGAUUGCUGGAGAACACUCAACCCUUCCGUGAAAGACUUUAUAUACUACUCCGCAAUUCACGAUAG